AUGGAUGAAAGUGCCAUCACCACGUUCGAUGCCCCCUUCUCCCAGCGGCCGGUCGUCGUUUUAGGCGCGGGAAUCAUUGGGUGUGCGACAGCCCGACAAUUGCUACUUCACGGCUUCUCGGUCGUGCUGGUGGCCGAAUAUCUGCCGGGUGACCAGAAUAUCUACUACGCAUCCGCAUGGGCCGGUGCGGCGUGGCAUGCUGCUGGCGGCAUCACUCCGGACCAGCGGUAUUUCCAGGCCGUGACCCAUCGCGUGUUGCUCAAGAUGGCGCAGGACGACCCGAGAUCGGGCGUCAGUGUCGUCGAUGCUCGCGAAUACCUCGAGCAAGAACCGAAGCCCGACUCGGCGAUCUGGGGCAAGACUGUCGUAUCCAAGUUUCGCGAAUUGAACCCUGGAGAAUAUCCUUCGGAGUUCAACUGUGCAUGGGCUUACGAGACUCUCGUGACGGAUCCCACAAAACACAUGCCCUAUCUCGGAAAAUUGGUAAAAUCACUCGGCGGUCGGUUCAUACGGAAACGAGUGGAGUCGUUGCAGGAGCUGUACGACAUGUUCCCAGGGUCGCGGGUGUUUAUCAAUGCGAGCGGGCUGGGAAGUAAGACUUUGACUGAUGUGCAGGAUGACCGUUGCUUCCCUGAGCGUGGGCAGAAUGUAUUCCUGCGCACCGAUCGAUGCCAUACGCUGUACUUCCGGAACGGCAAGGAGUACACAUAUAUCAUUCCCCGGCCAUUCUCCCAGGGAGUGGUCUUGGGAGGCGUCAAGCAGCAGGACAGCCUCUCACCAGACGUGGACAUGGACAUCGCGCGGGACGAGAUCGCCCGAGCUCAUCGUCUAGCCCCCGAGAUUGUCCCUGAACAGCCUGCUGAACAUGAGCUGAGCCACAUCAUCGGCAUCCGUCCAUCGCGCAAAGGCGGCUUCCGCCUGGACUCGGAGCAGGUACAUGGGAGCCGCACAGUGCUAUCAGCUUAUGGGUUCGGCGGAGGAGGGUAUGCCUUCUCCUACGGGAUUGCCGAUGCGUUGGUCAAGAUGGUGGAGAAGACCGAGCGCGAGAACGUUAUUGUCUGA